AUGAGUAAUUCCAAUACAGUGCCCCAUGUCGACCGUGAAUUAGAUUUGUCAAAUACGGGAAGAGGUGUCUGGCUGGUAAAGGUACCGAAAUAUAUUGCCAACAAAUGGGACAAAGCUUCAGGUGACAUAGAAGUAGGUAAAUUAAAGAUAUCUCGAGUUCCCGGUCAACGUGCUCAAGUCCAGCUGUCGUUGUCGGAAGCUGUUUUGUGUUUAAAUGAACCCGGAGAACAAGCUUUACCUAAAGAGCAUCGCCUCGAUGUAUCUAAUGUAACACGACAAUCUUUAGGAGUUUUUUCUCAUGCUGUUCCAUCAAACACGGACACAGUGGUUCCUGAAUCCGAAAAACUUUAUAUGGAAGGUAGAAUAGUGCAAAAAUUAGAAUGUAAGCCAUACGCGGACCCAACUUAUUACAAGCUUAAGUCUGAAUCUAUAAGGAAGGCUUUGAUGCCACAAAGACAAGUACAACAAUUGAAAGGAAUUGUUCAAAAUUUCAAACCUGUUUCUGAUCACAAACAUAAUAUUGAAUAUCAAGUGAAGAAGAAAGCGGAAGGUAAAAAGGCUCGCGAUGACAAGGAAUCGGUGCUCAAUGUAUUAUUUGCAGCAUUUGAGAAACACCAGUAUUAUAAUAUUAAGGAUUUGCAAAAUAUAACAAGACAACCUAUAGUAUAUUUGAAGGAAAUAUUAAAGGAGGUUUGCAACUAUAAUUUAAAGAAUCCGCAUAAGAAUAUGUGGGAAUUGAAACCAGAAUAUAGGCACUACAAACAGGAGGCACCUGUUGAGACCAAAGAAGAUCCUCCAAGCUCGGACAGCGACUAG